UCAGGUGAUCUGCCUGCCUCGACCUCCCAAAGUGCUGGGAUUACAGGUGUGAGCCACCGCGCCUGGCCCUUGCUCUUUUAUAUUAUUAUACAGAGGAAACCAUGCUUUUGCUGGCUGCCCAUCUCCUUUGCCCCUUGGAUACUGUGCUUUAUUAAGCAUGUUCUUGACUCUUUAAGGAUCAGACCCCUUGGCUGCCCCUCUGAUCUUCUUGGUCAUUACGAAAGUUAUGACUGCCCUCCCAGCAUCCCUGGCUUCACACAGUAGCGUUAUGUCACCUGGCCUGUAUUUCUUCAGGGACCCAUCAUCUCCGUUGCUAUCAGAGCCAAGUUCCAUGAUCACCUUUCCUGGCAUUAGCCUUGGCCGGCAUUAGGGAGCCACUACUGAGCUGCUUAGUGAUGCUGGUGCCUCCCUCUCCAGUAUAUUCCUGCUGACUUUGGUGGCUGGUGCGUCUGUCCUCUGGCCUUCCAUAGAACGUGAUUGUCCAGUGGGCCUAGCAGAGUCACAUAAUAUAUCUAUUCCACCAUGCAAACAUCUGUGAGCCUUUUGGUCCCUUCUUUGGCCAUCUGCCAUGGUAAUUCAGUCAUUUGAACAUUGCUCAGUGUGAGCCAUCAUUUUUUCCAGGCUCCUAGAAGCUUCUCUAGGAGUGAGUUUGCACCAUCCGCUGGUGCUCUUGACACCAUGUUGAAGUCUGUAGCUCCAGAGAGUGCCCCUGGGUAUGCCCUCCCCUCAUCCCUACCAGUGCGUGCUGGCGCUUUGCACCUGCAGCACCUUCGUGGGCGUAGUCCCUUUUGUCUCCUGUCAGGCCCAGCAUGUUUCUGGCUGGGUUAUGCAGCAGCUUAGCCCAGAUUACAGGCCUGGCAUUCAGGAGAGAAGGUGGGAGCAGCUUUGAAGAGAACAACUGUUGCCUUGUGGGGGAAAGUCCUCUCUACUGUCUUCCUGUGCUGGGAGAAAUUUUAGUUCCUGAUGGUGUGCAGUAGGGUGUGUCUAAAGGAUCAGAAAUUUUCAGAAAUAAAUCUUUGGAGGCAUCUACCCAGAUAGCCUCCAAAUGAGGCUAGGUAUAUAAAAUAAGCAUAUAAAAUACCUAUAUGUACAUGUGUGUGUACAUGUGUAUAUGAUAAAUCACAUGUAUAGUAUAUAUGUAUGCAUAUGGUAUGUAAUAAAUUAUAUGUACAUACACACACACACACACACGUAUGUUUUUCCCAGGUAGACCUUGACAUUGGUAUAAUAGAACUGCUUCCCUUGAGCACCUGACCAAGUCUUUGUCAUUCAACAGGGCUCUCCAGAGCAAAAACUGCCCAUCUGGGGAGUCCUGCUUUGGGUGGAAAGUGCUAGACUGUGUAGCCUGACCUUGCCCAGUCGUUGGUGGAGGGCUGCCCCGUGAAGAGUGUGUCCUGGGUUUCAGCACUGGGGCUGAGUCUGAAAGCGCUGAGGACUGGAGGCUGUUGGCCAACUGUGCUUCUCACAUCUCUGUUGUACGGAGUUUAGUGGGGGGUCUGAGUGGCGCAUCUCCACGUCUGCCAUAGCCAAUAACUGCAUCAUUUCAAAGUAGCUCACAUCUGACCAUCUGUUCCACAGAAAAAGGUAUAUGAAAGUUAAGAAAACAACACAAAAACAAAAGCAGCCCACACAUAAAACGCAUUCUACUUGAUUUUAGAGGACUGUAUUUUUUGAUUUUGUUUGAGCUGUCUUUCCUCUUGCCUAUAAAAUAGCAUCAACUUUGCCAUUUUUUUAAUAAAGCACAAAUAUCUUGGUUGACUAGCUCCAGUGCACCCCCACCCAUCCCACAUCUAAAUCUUGUCAGAAUCUUUGCUCACCUCACACUUUCAACAAAAUAAGUCCUCCUGCUGACACAGCAUGAAAAGAGAUUUUUGUCUUUUGUCAAUCUGUGACCACUGGGUGUACACCAGAACACACACUCACUGAUCAGCUUCCCAAAGUGAUAAACCAGCCUGGCGUCUCCCCACGCACCUGGUGUUCCCUUGCAGCCGGAUUCUCAAAGGCAUUCUAAUUCAUGUAUGCCACCAUCUUGUGUAUCUGGUUAUGCCCAGAUGGCAUUUAUACCAGCAGCAGUCCUGCCUCGAGAAGGAUGGAGCAUCCAACGUGGGUCAAAAGGGCUGAGAUAUAAAUAUCCUAGAGAGCAUGAAAAAGGAAGAAAGCAAUUAGUAUGCCACCAGGAAGAUCAUUGCCUUUCCCAUGAAAGUUUGGCUGAAGAAUUGUGAUAACUUCAAAUGAUAAGAGGAAGGUUUUUCUUUUUAAGAAUACUGUCAGGAGGAGACUUCAUGGUCUAGCCAUGCACUUUGGUGAUGUCUAACUUGAGCUUACAUCCGUGUUCUCAUCGCAGCUUUGCAGAGUGACACAGACAAAAAGUGCUCCUAAUGGAAGGUAAAGCCACCGUGCAACUGAUUGUAAAUUAACACGAAAAACGGAGCCAACGAUUUUGCUUCAAGACAUGUAGAUUGACUACUGGACUAAAACCUAAGGCUGGACAAAGAGAAUCCUUCUCUAAUGUGUCUUUGAUUUGAACUUAAUUUUAUUUUAGAUAGGCACCCAAGAAACUAGCUUUUCUGUUAUAUAAAUAUGUGCCAUUCUAAGCACUCCUAGAAUCCAAAGAAAAAUAAAUAAAUGUGAGUCAUUUGGAGAGAAGCAGUCAUUUAACAUCUGUAAGUAAAUAUGUGUGGAGGAUUCAUAACACCAGUGAGAGAAUAAACAAUGUGGGAAACCUGCUGAAUUUUCACAGGUUUUUGGAAAAACAUGGAGUAAUUUAAAGUAAAAAAUUUAGUUCACCAAACACUCUUGUGACAACAUGCUUAAACCUAGAAUUAUAUGUCUUUUGUACAGUUGGCAUUUAAAUGUCUGAUCAGAGAAAAUUUGGAAUAAUUUUUAAAUUCCCAUUGAUUUACAGAAGAGUUUUUUUCCUGCUACAGUCAAGUUACUUCUUUCUUGAUAAAUUCCAUUUAAACAUUUCGAAUAGUAGAUUCAGCUUAUGCCUUAGCCAGUUUUGCUCAUUCCACAUCUACUGGAUGCUUGGAAGCAUCUAACCGAGCACGUUUUUCCCCUUAUUCACAUGCCGUUUAAACUAUUUACUUACUGCAAACUUUUAUCAGGAGGGGUUUAUCUCCCCCCUCUGCCUCCAGUGACCCUCACUGGGUGUCAGGGGAGGUUUCCAGGCCACAGUUUGAGAUUUCCCUUGUGGAAGAUCAUGUCUAGCACUAGGUCCCUUGUUAGAUUUUGCCUGGAAAGGGCCCUGUCCUAUCUCCUGCAGAGCGAUGCAUCAGAGAGAAAAGAGAGGGCAUAAAACUUAAAAAGUUUGGAAAAGUUUCUUUAAAUACUUCAUGCAUACCUGUGAAAAAAUAGAGUAGAGCCUAUCUGUGGCGACUGUUCAAAACCAGAGAAACAAAAAAAGACUUUAAUAGAAAAACCAACUUCAUUUAAAUGUUGGAGGCAGCUGCUUUGUUUGGAGUUUUAAUCCCAUGCCGGUGGAUGCUAAUUCUGUAACAUUAUACAGUUGCCUUCUUUUGGGUACAAAGGUAGAAGGGGGGUUUUCUUUUGUGUUUUUCAGUGCAAAGUGAUUCUGAUCAGAAAGGCCCAAGGUUUCAGCUCCAAGUACCUGACAUUUCCAUCUGAAUCUACCUUUUUUUUUUUUUUUUUUUUAAGGGGGAAAAAAAGGUCUAGUUUUUCAGGAAAAGAACCUCUCUACGCAAUCCUGAAACUGAUCUUUAGAUUUACUUUUCCUUAAUCAAUAGAAAAAAACUUGAUUGCAACUCAACACUUACCUGUCUCUAGUGCAGGACUAACUUAAUUUUUGGUUUUAAGAGUGCGGGAUUCAGACAUCAUUUCAGGAAUCAGAAAUUAUUGGCAACAAGUUGAGGAGAACUGACAUGAAUUCUUGUUUUAGCUAAUUUUUCCUGGCUUACCAAGAUUUGGCUUAAUAUUUCUGACUCAAUUCCUCCAGCCUCUACAGAACAGGAUGAAUUAUUCAUCAUUCCUUAGAAUUUGGGUCUCUUUCAUCUUCGCACUUGUACGGCACCAAGCUCAGCCCAGGGAGCUCAUGUAUCCAUUUUGGCAGAAUGACACCAAAACCCCUAAAGUAGACGAUGGAAGCUCAUCUGAGAUUAAGUUGGCCAUCCCAGUUUUCUUCUUUGGUGUUCCUUACCGCACUGUCUAUGUCAAUAACAACGGAGUUGUUUCCUUCAACGUGCUAGUGAGCCAGUUCACGCCGGAAUCCUUUCCCCUGACGGAUGGGAGGGCCUUCAUCGCCCCAUUUUGGGCAGAUGUGCACAAUGGAAUUCGAGGCGAGAUCUAUUACAGAGAGACCAUGGACCCUGUCAUCUUGAAAAGAGCCACCAAGGACAUCAGGAAGUACUUCAAAGACAUGGCAACCUUCUCUGCCACUUGGGUUUUCAUUGUGACGUGGGAGGAAGUCACGUUUUAUGGAGGCAGCAGCACCACACCUGUGAACACCUUCCAGGCCGUCCUGGUGUCUGAUGGCUCCUACACAUUCACCCUCUUCAAUUAUUACGAGAUCAACUGGACCACGGGGACGGCUAGUGGCGGUGACCCCCUGACGGGUCUUGGUGGAGUGAUGGCACAGGCAGGAUUUAAUGGUGGAAACCUCACCAAUUUCUUCAGCCUCCCGGGGUCAAGAACCCCUGAGAUCGUGAAUAUCCAGGAGACCACAAACGUCAAUGUUCCAGGCCGCUGGGCAUUUAAAGUUGACGGAAAGGAAAUUGACCCAGCCAAUGGCUGCACCUCCAGGGGACAGUUCCUUCGGCGAGGGGAGGUGUUUUGGGACGACUUGAACUGCACCAUCAAGUGCCGCUGUCUGGAUUUCAACAAUGAGAUCUACUGCCAGGAGGCUUCUUGUAGCCCCUAUGAGGUGUGCGAACCCAAAGGCAAAUUCUUCUACUGCAGCGCUAUGGAAACCAGCACGUGCGUGGUGUUUGGGGAGCCACACUACCACACUUUUGACGGCUUCCUCUUCCACUUCCAAGGCUCCUGUGCCUACUUGCUGGCCCGACAGUGUUUGCAGACUUCCAGCCUCCCUUUCUUCAGUGUGGAGGCCAAGAAUGAACACCGCGGGGGUUCAGCCGUCUCCUGGGUGAAGGAGCUCUCAGUGGAGGUGAAUGGCUACAAGAUUCUCAUCCCCAAAGGAAGCUAUGGAAAAGUCAAGGUUAAUGACCUAGUGACUUCUUUGCCCGUCACCUUAGACUUGGGGACAGUGAAAAUCUAUCAGAGUGGCAUGUCUACUGCUGUGGAAACAGAUUUUGGGCUCUUAGUGACUUUUGAUGGCCAGCACUACGCCUCCAUUUCCAUCCCAGGCUCCUAUAUAAACUCCACCUGUGGACUCUGUGGAAACUAUAAUAAAAACCCACUGGAUGACUUCCUCCGCCCGGAUGGCAGGCCAGCCAUGUCUGUCCUGGAUCUGGGAGAGAGCUGGCGUGUGUACCACACGGACUGGAAGUGCGACUCCGGCUGCGUGGACAACUGCACCCAAUGUGACGCUGCCACUGAAGCCCUCUACUUUGGCUCUGACUACUGCGGCUUCCUCAACAAGACAGAUGGGCCCCUGUGGGAGUGUGGCACUGUUGUGGACCCCACUGCUUUUGUGCACAGCUGCGUGUAUGACCUGUGCAGUGUGAGGGACAAUGGCACGCUCCUCUGCCAAGCCAUCCAGGCCUACGCUCUUGUGUGCCAAGCCCUUGGCAUUCCAAUUGGAGACUGGCGAACCCAGACUGGGUGUGUGUCCACGGUGCAGUGCCCGAGCUUCAGCCACUACUCCGUGUGCACCAGCAGCUGCCCCGACACGUGCUCCGACCUGACGGCCUCGCAGAACUGCGCCACGCCGUGCACGGAGGGCUGCGAGUGCAACCAGGGCUUCGUCCUCAGCACCAGCCAGUGCGUCCCGCUGCACAAGUGCGGCUGCGACUUCGAUGGCCACUACUACACCAUGGGGGAGUUCUUCUGGGCCACGGCCAACUGCACGGUGCAGUGCCUGUGCGAGGAGGGUGGGGACAUCUACUGCUUCAACAAGACCUGCAGCAGCGGGGAGGUGUGCGCCGUGGAGGACGGCUACCAGGGCUGCUUCCCUAAGCGGGAGACCGUGUGCCUGCUCAGCCAGAACGAGGUGCUGCACACCUUUGAUGGCGCCGCCUACGCCUUCCCCUCCGAGUUCUCCUACACCCUCCUGAAGACCUGCCCUGAGCGCCCAGAGUACUUGGAAAUCGACAUCAACAAGAAGAAGCCUGAUGCAGGACCUGCUUGGCUGCGGGGACUUCGGAUCCUGGUGGCCAACCAGGAGGUCAAGAUAGGAGGCAUCGGGGCUUCGGAAGUCAAGUUGAAUGGUCAGGAAGUGGAAUUGCCUUUUUUCCAUCCUUCGGGGAAGCUGGAAAUUUAUCGAAACAAAAACAGUACGACAGUGGAGUCCAGGGGCGUGGUGACUGUCCAGUACUCAGACGUAGGUCUGUUGUACAUCCGGCUGUCCACCACAUACUUCAACUGCACGGGGGGCUUGUGCGGCUUCUUCAACGCCAACAUCAGUGAUGAGUUCUGUCUCCCCAAUGGCAAGUGCACAGACAACCUGGCAGUGUUCCUGGAAAGCUGGACAACUUUCGAGGAGAUCUGCAACGGGGAGUGUGGGGACCUGCUGAAGGCCUGCAACAAUGACUCCGAGCUGCUCAAGUUCUAUCGAAGCCGCUCCAGGUGUGGCAUCAUCAACGACCCCUCCAACAGCUCCUUCCUGGAGUGCCAUGGGGUGGUGAACGUCACUGCCUACUACCGCACCUGCCUCUUCCGCCUGUGCCAGAGUGGGGGCAAUGAGUCAGAGCUCUGUGACUCUGUGGCCCGGUAUGCAAGCGCCUGCAAGAAUGCCAAUGUGGAGGUGGGGCCCUGGCGGACCUAUGACUUCUGCCCGCUGGAGUGCCCAGAGAACAGCCAUUUUGAGGAGUGUAUAACAUGUACAGAGACCUGUGAGACCCUUGCCCUGGGCCCCAUCUGCGUGGAUAGCUGCUCUGAGGGAUGUCAGUGUGAUGAGGGCUACGCUCUACUGGGCAGCCAGUGUGUCACGCGGAGUGAGUGUGGCUGCAACUUUGAGGGGCACCAACUUGUCACCAAUGAGACCUUCUGGGUGGACCUGGACUGCCAGAUCUUCUGCUAUUGCAAUGGCACAGACAACAGUGUCCACUGUGAGACCGUGCCCUGCAAGGAUGAUGAGUACUGCAUGGAGGAGGGUGGCCUGUACUACUGCCAAGCCCGCACCGACGCCUCCUGCAUCGUCUCAGGCUAUGGCCACUACCUCACCUUUGAUGGCUUCUCCUUUGACUUCCAGACCAGCUGCCCGCUCAUCCUGUGCACCACAGGAAGCAGGCCGAGCUCAGACUCUUUCCCCAAGUUUGUUGUCACAGCCAAGAAUGAGGACCGGGACCCGUCACUGGCCUUGUGGGUUAAGCAGGUGGACGUGACCGUGUUUGGCUACAGCAUCGUGAUCCACCGAGCCUACAAGCACACUGUGCUGGUCAACAGUGAACGGCUCUAUCUGCCCCUGAAGCUGGGGCAAGGAAAGAUAAAUAUCUUUUCCUUUGGCUUCCACGUGGUGGUGGAAACUGAUUUUGGCCUGAAGGUUGUAUAUGACUGGAAGACCUUCCUGUCCAUCACAGUCCCUCGGAGCAUGCAGAAUAGCACCUAUGGUCUGUGCGGCCGCUACAACGGCAACCCUGACGACGACCUGGAGAUGCCCAUAGGUCUGCUCGCAUCCAGUGUCAAUGAGUUUGGGCAGAGCUGGGUGAAGAGGGACACCUUCUGCCAGGUGGGCUGUGGGGACCGCUGUCCAUCCUGUGCCAAGGUAGAAGGUUUCUCCAAAGUGCAGCAGCUGUGCAGCCUGAUCCCCAACCAGAAUGCUGGCUUCUCCAAGUGUCACAGCAAAGUUAACCCCAGCUUCUUCUACAAGAACUGCCUGUUUGACUCUUGCAUCGAUGGGGGCGCGGUGCAGACUGCCUGUAGCUGGCUGCAGAACUAUGCCAGCACCUGCCAGACUCAGGGGAUCACGGUGACUGGCUGGAGGAACUACACAUCCUGCACUGUCACCUGCCCUCCAAACAGCCAUUAUGAGAGCUGCGUGAGUGUCUGCCAGCCCCGCUGCGCCGCCAUCCGCCUGAAGAGUGACUGCAGCCACUACUGCGUGGAGGGCUGUCAGUGCGACGCUGGCUACGUCCUCAACGGCAAGAGCUGCAUCCUGCCCCACAGCUGCGGCUGCUACUCCGAUGGCAAAUAUUACGAGCCCAAGCAGCUGUUCUGGAACAGCGACUGCACGCGACGCUGCCGCUGUUUCCGUCGCAACCUGAUCCAGUGCGACCCGCGCCAGUGCAAGUCCGACGAGGAGUGCGCGCUGCGCAACGGGGUGCGUGGCUGCUUCAGCACCAAGACCUCCUACUGCCUGGCGGCCGGCGGCGGCGUCUUCCGCACCUUCGACGGCGCCUUCCUCCGCUUCCCGGCCAACUGCGCCUUCGUGCUGUCCACCAUCUGCCAGAAACUGCCCGACAUCUCCUUCCAGCUUAUCAUCAACUUCGACAAGUGGUCAGCCCCCAACCUCACCAUCAUUUCGCCCGUCUACUUCUACAUUAACGAAGAGCAGAUUCUCAUCAGCGACCGGAACACGGUCAAGGUGAAUGGCACACAAGUGAAUGUUCCAUUUAUAACUGGUUUGGCAACGAAAAUCUACAGCAGUGAGGGGUUUCUGGUGAUUGACACCAGCCCAGACAUCCAGAUAUACUACAAUGGUUUCAACGUCAUUAAAAUCAGCAUCAGCGAGAGGCUGCAGAACAAAGUGUGUGGUCUCUGUGGCAACUUCAAUGGGGACCUAACAGAUGAUUAUGUGACUUUGCGAGGGAAGCCGGUGGUAAGCAGCGUGGUGCUGGCCCAGAGCUGGAAAACCAAUGGCAUGCAGAAGAGCUGCAACGAGCUGCAGUUCUCCCAGUAUGCAGCCAUGUGUGACAAUGUGCACAUCCAGAAGAUGCAGGGUGACGGCUACUGCCUGAAGCUCACCGACAUGAAGGGCUUCUUCCAGCCCUGCUAUGGGCUUCUCGAUCCCCUCCCAUUCUACGAGUCCUGCUACCUGGACGGCUGCUACAACCACAAGAAGUUCCAGCUAUGCGGCUCCCUGGCCGCCUAUGGGGAGGCCUGCCGCUCCUUCGGGAUCCUCAGCACCGAAUGGAUUGAGAAGGAGAAUUGCUCAGGAGUGGUUGAAGAUCCCUGUGUGGGGGCGGACUGUCCCAACCGAACCUGCGAGCUGGGCAAUGGCAGGGAGCUGUGUGGCUGCAUCGAGCCGCCCCCCUAUGGAAACAACUCACAUGACAUUAUCGAUGCAGAGGUGACCUGCAAAGCAUCCCAGAUGGAAGUGUCCAUAUCUAAGUGCAAACUCUUCCAGCUCGGUUUUGAGAGGGAGGGCGUGAGGAUCAAUGACAGACAGUGUACCGGCAUCGAGGGGGAAGAUUUUAUCUCCUUUCAGAUCAACAACACCAAAGGGAAUUGUGGAAACAUUGUGCAGUCCAAUGGCACUCAUAUCAUGUAUAAAAACACAAUCUGGAUCGAAAGUGCCAACAACACUGGCAACAUCAUCACCAGGGACCGCACGAUCAAUGUGGAAUUUUCAUGUGCUUAUGAGCUGGAUAUCAAGAUCUCCUUGGAUUCUGUUGUGAAGCCUAUGCUAAGUGUAAUUAACCUGACAGUUCCAACCCAAGAAGGCAGCUUCACCACCAAGAUGGCUCUCUACAAAAAUGCCUCCUACAAACAUCCUUACCGGCAGGGUGAAGUAGUGUUGACGACUCGAGAUGUGCUGUAUGUAGGGGUUUUUGUGGUUGGAGCUGACGCCACACAUUUAAUCCUAACGCUCAACAAAUGCUAUGCCACACCCUCCCGAGACAGCAAUGAUAAGCUCCGAUAUUUCAUCAUCGAAGGAGGGUGUCAGAACAUCAAAGAUAACACCAUCGGCAUCGAGGAGAACGCAGUCUCCCUGACCUGUCGCUUUCACGUCACCGUCUUUAAAUUCAUAGGGGAUUACGACGAAGUUCACCUUCACUGCGCAGUGUCACUAUGCGACUCAGAAAAGUACUCCUGUAAAAUCACUUGCCCACAAAACUCCAGGAUUGCCACAGAUUACACAAAAGAACCCAAAGAACAGAUCAUUUCAGUGGGACCUAUUAGGAGAAAAAGGCUGGACUGGUGUGAGGACAAUGGAGGGUGUGAGCAGAUUUGCACGAGCAGGGUGGACGGGCCUCUCUGCAGCUGUGUAACAGGAACCCUGCAGGAGGAUGGCAAGAGCUGCAGAGCCUCUAAUUCUUCAGUUGAACUCCAAGUCUGGACGCUUCUUCUCGUCAUGAUCCAGAUUUCAUUAUGGCAUUUUGUCUAUAAAUCAGGCACGAUCUCAUAAUUAACUCAAAUUGCUAUAUAAAGUACUGUAAUUUACUUACUUCAACUCCCUGUAGGAUACAAAGUGUGUGCCCUUAAGUCGAAACCUAUUUGAAAGUGUCCAGCAUUUCAAAAUGAUGCCACCUGCCUCCAACGGUCUGAGGUCCAGAAACCAGCGAACAUGCAAGCUCCUCUUUCAGAAUAUGAAACGGGGCUUCUACAAGUCAGUUAUGGAAAGUAUAUCUCUUGUGAAAAAUUUCCAGACAGUUGUCACUAGAAACUUUGGUUCACAUGAAAAACCAGUAAAGGAAAAAAAUUCUAGUUAGAGAAAUCUGACUGGAAAUCUGACCAGAGAAAUCUGUCAAGCCAGUGCUAUUUCUGGAUCACGUUUUUUUACAGAGAGAGGGCCUGUUGGAAUGAUUUUGAAGUGAUGACUGGAAGGUUUGACUCCCUCUAAGGAAUCUUGCUGGCGUUUGGAAGUGUCUGAUCUAUGAUAUGCACGUGUUCUGUCUAUGAGGCGCUCUCCACCCACUGCGUCCUUCAACCUUGCCAUGGCAGCUUUGGCCACUGGGGAUACUGCUGACCUGGGGAACCCCACCCACUCUCCUACCCCCUCGAACCCAAUCCCUUCUCUUUUUACAAGUCAACCAAAUACUUUCUAAUGUGUUUUAUCCUUAAAUAAACUUUGUGUUCAAAUAUUCUCAUUA